AUGGAUAUCCAAGAGACUCAACGUCUCCUUUCGGAGUAUCUCCAUGAGCUUGCAGACCUAUUCCAUCGCGUUCCGGGUUCCGCAAUCUUUCUUCGCUACGUCAAGUCCAGCUAUCAAAAUGACCCGAUUCGCUCUGCGGUUGAGCUCUUUCUAUUCCUAUUCGCGGUUCGCUAUUUGCUCGCCCCCAAGUAUUCGACCAAACCUGGAGUGGUCCAACUCUCAGAGGAUGAGAUUGACGACUUGGUAGACGAGUGGACUCCGGAGCCACUUGUAGGAAAACCCACAGUCUUGGAGGAGAUGGAGGUCGAUAAGCGGACAGUAAUUGUUGGUCCAGUCGGCCCCAAGUCGAAACUGGCCAAUGGCAGAACCGUCGUCAACCUCGGCUCCUAUAACUUCUAUAAUUUUAAUACCAACGAGUCGCUCAAAGAGAAAGCUAUUCAGACUCUCCGCAAUUACGGCGUUGGUCCUUGUGGCCCCCGAGGAUUUUACGGCACUCAAGAUGUUCAUAUGAAGACAGAGGCGGACGUUGCCUCGUUCCUGGGCACCGCAUCUUGUAUUAUCUACUCCCAGGCCUUUUCCACCAUCUCAAGUGUUAUCCCGGCGUUCUCGAAACGUGGAGACAUCAUUGUUGCGGAUAAGGGCGUUAACUUUGCUAUCCGGAAGGGCAUUCAGAUCUCCCGUAGCAUGGUUCGAUGGUACGAACAUAACGACAUGGAGGAUCUGGAAAGGGUCCUUGCCAAAGUUACCAAAGAACAAGCCAGAAAACCACUCACGAGACGUUUCAUCAUCACGGAAGGUUUGUUUGAAUCGUACGGUGACAUGGUUGACCUACCCAAGAUCAUUGAGCUUAAACUGAAGUACAAGUUCCGACUCAUCCUCGACGAAUCGUGGUCGUUCGGCGUCCUCGGAAGAACCGGUCGUGGUGUUACGGAGCACCAAAAUGUUGACGCGGCCGAAGUUGACAUGAUUGUGGGCUCGCUGGCCGGCCCCUUGGUUGCGGGUGGAGGCUUCUGCGCUGGUUCGGAGGAGAUCGUUCAUCAUCAGCGCAUUUCCGCCGCAGCUUACACGUUUUCCGCCGCACUGCCUGCUCUUCUGUCGACAACUGCCAGUGCCACAAUUAAUAUCCUCCAGAGUAGCCCUGAAACGAUAUCCCAGCUGCGGGAGCAUACUAAGGCCAUGUGGGCACAGCUUGACCCCCGUAGUGACUGGGUAUACUGUACCAGUGCUCCCGAGAAUCCUAUCAUGAUUUUGGUCCUCAAGCCUGAAGUGGUUGCUGCUAAGAGGCUGUCGGUUGAAGACCAGCAGUUUCUGCUGCAGGAUGUGGUGGAUGAGUGCCUUGCAAAUGGUGUCCUAAUCACCCGCCUCAAGACCCUCCUCGAUAACUUUGAGCCGAAGCAGGUCGUUUUCCCUGCAUUGAAGGUCUGCGUGACGACCGGUCUGACGAAGAAGGAGAUCGAGAAAGCUGGAACCACUAUCCGUCAUGCUAUCACGAAAGUUCUGAGCAAAAAGAAGUAA